AUGCACACCCCCACUGCUCAGGAGAGCACAGGCUUGCAGCUGCCCCCCGAGGAGCUGAGCUAUGGAGCUACUGUCACCCACGUCAGGCAAGGAGCAUCUGUGUCUGCAGCAAGGAAGGGGCCAGCAAAGAGAGAUUACCUGGUAGCUGCUGUGCUGUGCUAUGGCAAUUUAAUCAACUUCAUGGACUGGUUCAUUGUACCAGGGAUCCUGUUAGAUGUACAGAAGUACUUUGAGCUCCACGAUGGGGAUGCAGGCCUGCUGCAAACAGUCUUUGUGCUGUGUUACAUGCUGGCUGCCCCCAUCUUUGGGUACCUGGGAGACCGCUACAACAGGAAAAUCAUCCUUGGAGCUGGGAUUUUCUUCUGGUCUGCUGUCACUUUGGGCAGCUCCUUCCUCACUGAACUGUACUGCUGGAUAUUCUUUCUCUCCCGAGGACUGGUUGGCAUUGGCAGUGCCAGUUACUCCACAGUGGCACCCACCAUGAUUGCUGACCUGUUUGAGGAAGGAAAAAGGACCACCAUGUUAUCCAUCUUCUACAUCUUCAUUCCAGUGGGAAGUGGUCUUGGUUAUGUCCUAGCAGCUGGCAUGGCAGAGCUCACAGGUGACUGGCACUGGGCUUUCAGGAUAACUCCUUGCAUGGGAGGUCUAGCACUGGUUCUUCUGCUUCUCCUGGUGCCUCACAGGACCCAGAGAAGGACAGCAUUCCACAGAGCCCUCAGCAUCUCUGGCACCAUACGAGUGAAAGCUGAGAAACCAGGAGUGCAGAGAGCUGCCAAGACCACUUGGUGUCAAGAUGUCCUGUCCCUGGCUAAGAACUGGAGCUUUGUCUGGUCCUCCCUGGGUCUGACUGCCAUGGCCUUCGUCACUGGAGCCCUGGGCAUGUGGGUACCACUGUUCCUUCACAGGGCUGAGGUUGUCCAGGGCCUUGCAUCACCAUGUCUGCAAGAAACCUGCAGUUCAUCAAACAGCCUAAUAUUUGGAGGCAUCACCAUUGGGACAGGAAUCUUGGGUGUGAUUACUGGGGCAGAGGCUGCCAGGAGGUUAAGAAAGAUAAACAACAAAGCUGACCCUCUGAUCUGUGCCACAAGCAUGUUUGUGUCUGCUCUGUGCCUCUACGUAGCUCUGAUGGUGGCCCAGACAAACAUCACUGCCACUUUUCUCUUUAUUGCACUUGGAGAACUGUUUCUCUCUGUGAACUGGGCCGUGGUGACAGACAUCCUGCUGUACGUUGUGACCCCAAGGCGGCAGUCCACAGCUAUCGCCCUGCAGAUCCUGGUGAGCCACUUGCUGGGGGAUGCAGGCAGCCCAUACCUCAUUGGCACUAUCUCCAGUGCUAUCCAGGCCAAGCACCCUGAGUCGGUCCAGUGGAGCUUCUGGAGCAUGCAGUACAGCUUCAUCCUCUGUGCUUUCCUGGGGGUCUGCGGAGGAGGUUUUUUCUUCCUGACUUCUUUCUACAUCGAGGAAGAUCGGAAAGAAGCAGAGAGGCUUUGAGGUUCCUCUGUACUCCCUAAGAGCUUUGAAACCUGUUUCUGAUUGCCCUCCUGUUUGUACACCAGCCCUGCUCUCAGCUCUGUGGUGUUAAAGCACAAAGGGUUGCCCCUCCCUGACACCUCCCUAGUGUCUGUGGAUGCAUAAAGGCAAAGCCUCAGCUUAAGCAAACCUCCCACACUGAGAGGAAGGAGACUGCAGAAGACACAAGGAUCAGGGCACUGCUGUUAGUGACACCUUCAAAUGCAGGCAGCACUGGGGCAAGAGGCAGUGCUUUCAAACUAGGGCAGGGGAGAUUCAGGUUGGCCAUGAGGGAGAAAUUCUUUACCCUGAGGGUGGUGAGACACUGGAAUAGGCUGGCCAGAGAAGUUGUGGAUGCCUCAUAGAAUCAAGCAGGUUGGAAGAGACCCCUGGGAGUAUUUAAGACCAGGUUGAAUGAGGCUUUGAGCAGCCAGGGCUAGUGGGAGGUGUCCCUGCCCAUGGCAGGGGGGUUGGAACUGGGUGAUCUUUAAGGGCUCUUCCAACUCAAGCCAUCCUGUGAGUUCAUGACUGGGAUCAAGAAGGUCUCAGCUUGAGAUAGACUCAGCAGUGGAGCCUGAGGGGGGAGCAGGUGCCUCUGCUGAGGACUAAUAAAGG